GGGGACGUGGCGCCGCCGUGGGCGCAGGCCUUUUUCCGGCAGAGCUAGAGACUGCGGGGUUUUGCGGUGGACCGAGCCCAGAGGUGGCGGAGGGGCCAGUGGGCCGCUCAACCGGUGAGUGCUCAGGAAAUGCGUGGGACAAGGAGACCACCUUCUCAGGGCAAAAGGAAAAGGAGGUGACAGGCGGGACCGCUGAAGGGACCCCAUGGCUAGGAUCAGUUUUUCCUACCUCUGCCCAGCCUCCUGGUACUUUACUGUGCCCACAGUGAGCCCAUUUCCCCGUCAGCGGGCGGCAUUCCUAGGACUCUUCUGCAUAUCCUGUCUCCUUUUACUUAUGUUAAUCAUGGACUUUCGACAUUGGGGUGCUUCAUUACCUCGAGAUAGGCAAUAUGAAAGGUAUCUGGCUCGAGUAGGGGAUCUUGAAGCUACCAACACCGAAGACCCAAAUCUGAAUUACGGGCUUGUUGUGGACUGUGGCAGCAGUGGCUCCCGGAUUUUUGUUUAUUUUUGGCCGAGACAUAAUGGGAACCCCCACGACUUGCUGGACAUCAAACAGAUGAGAGACCGCAACAGCCAACCAGUGGUUAAAAAAAUCAAGCCAGGAAUCUCUGCAAUGGCAGAUACUCCUGAACAUGCCAGCGAUUACCUUCGCCCUCUGCUGAGCUUUGCUGCUGCUCAUGUGCCUGUGAAGAAGCACAAGGAGACCCCCCUUUACAUUCUUUGCACAGCGGGCAUGAGGCUCCUUCCUGAGAGGAAGCAGUUGGCUAUCUUGUCUGAUCUAGUGAAAGAUUUACCACUGGAGUUUGACUUCCUCUUUUCACAGUCUCAGGCCGAAGUGAUCUCUGGGAAGCAGGAAGGGGUUUAUGCGUGGAUUGGAAUCAACUUUGUUUUGGGAAGAUUUGACCAUGAGGAUGAAUCAGAUGCUGGAGCUCCCCAGGAACUGGCAACAGGGCGCAGAAGGACAGUGGGGAUACUGGACAUGGGAGGAGCCUCUCUUCAAAUUGCUUAUGAAGUUCCUACCUCAACCUCUGCCCUUCCUCCAAAAGAGGAAGAAGCUGCAAAGGUCCUGCUGGCGGAGUUCAACCUGGGUUGUGAUGUGCAGCACACUGAACACGUGUAUAGGGUUUACGUCACCACCUUCCUGGGUUUUGGGGGCAACUUUGCCCGACAGCGCUAUGAAGACCUUGUGCUGAAUGAAACUCUUAACAAAAACAGGUUGCUGGGCGAGAAGACAGGUCUGAGUACUGACAAUCCGUUUCUGGAUCCUUGCCUGCCCGUGGGACUCACCGAUGUGUUGGAGAGGAACAACCAGGUCCUGCAUGUCCGCGGAAAGGGAGACUGGGAGACUUGUGGGGCAAGGCUGAGCCCCCUGCUUGCACGCUCCAACACCAGCCAGGCCUCACUGAAUGGCAUCUACCAAUCUCCAAUCGACUUCAACAACAGCGAGUUCUAUGGUUUCUCCGAGUUUUUUUACUGUACAGAGGAUGUGUUGCGCAUCGGUGGCCGCUACCACGGGCCAACAUUUGCCAAGGCUGCGCAGGAUUACUGUGGCAUGUCUUGGUCAGUACUGACGCAGAGAUUCAAGAAUGGCCUUUACUCACCACAUGCAGAUGAGCAUCGACUCAAAUACCAGUGUUUUAAAUCGGCUUGGAUGUACCAAGUUCUUCAUGAAGGAUUCCACUUCCCUUACGACUACUCAAACCUACAGACAGCCCAGCUGGUGUAUGACCGAGAGGUUCAGUGGACACUGGGGGCCAUUCUGUAUAAGACACGAUUCCUACCACUCAGGGAUCUACGGCAGGAAGGCGUCCGGCAGGCCCAUAGUAGCUGGUUCCGUCUCUCUUUUGUCUACAACCACUAUCUCUUCUUUGCCUGUAUCCUGGUGGUGCUAUUGGCCAUCAUCCUGUACCUUCUGCGGCUGCGCCGAAUUCACCAUCGACAAACUCGAGCCUCAGCUCCAUUGAACUUUCUGUGGAUUGAAGAGGUGGUGCCCAUGAUGGGGGUACAGGUGGAGCCAUGAGUUGGGCAACGGCUACGGAAGCUUGACUACCCCAAAGCUGCUGCUCAUCGGAUUCCACCACUUUCUUGUACUGGCUUCAGAUGCUGCUUUGCCUGACCUUGUGGAUUUUUGCCCUUGGAAUUUCUAUUUUAAUAUCUUCUUUAAUUCCUUCUCAAUCUCCAGGUCCUCUUAUCUACAAGAAGCUGUAACUUAGUCUGUGAAGAACUAAUGAGAGAUUGGUGCUAACAAAGAUGACCAACCUUAGUCCAAUCGAUCUGCUCCUUUAUCUGGGAGAUCUGGUGUGUUCCCGGGAUUUAGACUUUCCUCCCGUUGCUAAAGCAUGAAGUUUGGCAUUGGGCACACUAGAAGCCAGGCUGAAACCAAACUUGGAGCAUCUGAUACAAAGUCGAAGACAUUCUAGCAAGUGCAGCAUCCCCUUCUUUCUCUGUAACAGAGAUAUCGUUUAUGUGGAGAUCCACAACCUUUACAAGAGAUCCAAGAUAAUUUGCAAUUCAGUGGAACAGAUAUGAAUUUCCAAGCAACCAAAAUAACACAACUUUCUUGCUUCCUUGACAAAGCCAUUUUGAACAUGGUCCAAGGUUCCUGACUUACUGUUGCUCAUGUUAGUAUGUGAUUUUAAAGGGUUAGAACCCCUUCUAAAUGGAUGGUCCAUUGAAGAUUUGACUCAAUCUUAUCUGAUAUCUUGUAUGAUCAGGAUAGAAAAUUUUUCCGUGUCUACGUGCCUCAGAGCCUGGGCAUUAAUUUUUCUUUUUGAGCCUUGUAGGGUGGAGAGACUGAUGGGGACUGGAGCCCUGGGUCUGGCUCCAGGUCAUUGUCCUCUAGGCCUGUUUUUAUUUUUUAUUGAAUUUAUUAGGGUGAUAUUGGUUAAUAAAAUUAUAUAGGUUUCAGGUGCACAUCAUCUGUAUAUUGUAUUGUGUGUUCACCAGCCCUAGUCUCUAGGCCUGUUUCUAUGAGUCCAUAUACAGGAAGAUUCAGGAGUUUCUUUAUUUCACUGCUAAGAUCAAUAUAUACUUUGGGAAGGGAUAUAUUUGGGUUAUCUUUCAAGGAAGGAACAAUUCUAGGAUAGUAGGCAAAAUGAAAUCCAAACUCUUAUUUAUUAAGUCUUUCUGAGAAAUAGAAAAAUGUUCAAUUUGACUCUUAGAAUGUCUUAGACGAAGCAAAUUCUAAACUUUGCAAUAAAUAGAUAAAUCUGUUAAUAAGCCACUUGGAAACUUUCAGAACCUUUGUUAAGAGAUUUCUUAGUCCCAAACAGCAUUUCCAUUAAUAAGGAGAGGAAAAGUCAUAAUAAUUACAUUUCCAUCCACGACACUCCAGGAGCUUUGCUCCUCCUUCUCACUUAGCCUUUAAACUGCACGAGCAUUUCUGAUUCACCGACUUCCACCUUCCCUCACGGAAUCUUCUUUAUACUCUACCCCCUCCUGUGUGUCGCCUGGAGCGUCCUGCCCAGGAACACGCUCCCCGAGUUGGGAGAGCUUGCUUUUCUUUUUUUGUCAUCUGUGAUUUCUAAAAUUAGAUAAAUAGGGUUAUGGGCCCUGACUUUAAAGGGGGAAAAAAAGUAAAAUUCUUAAAAUGUAAAUUUCAUAUUGGGAGCAAAAGGAAUAAAAGAAAUCAAGAUCCUCUUAGAAAUAAACAGAGGAAAUUGAGUAUGCGGACUCUUGGUUGGUAGGUGAAAAUGAACAAAUCUUGAAUUGUUUCCAAAUUAGUUAAUGAUGGGUCUAACAAAAUGUCUUAUAGUGCCCUUUUGAAAUUUUUUUAAAACUCAUCACAGCAAUUUCCACAAAUUUUUAAGACUUCUAAAUUGCCUUGAUUUUCUUUGACUUAUCUUUCUGUCACUGUGAGUGAGCCUCACCUUAUGAAUGCUGGUUAUAAAUGAUAUCAAAAUAUGGUUUUUUUUGCCAGCCAUUGCCCACUUGGGUGACUCUUUUCCCCUCACCUUGAUUUCCAAAUACUGUUUGUGUUUUUACUGUAGAUCUAGUCAGUGGUCUAGCCAAAAGCUUCGCGGUUGGCUAACCGUUACACCUUUCAUGUCUCGAAAUGAAGUUGGAGCAGACAGCAGGUGGUGAUCAGUCCAACUUGACAGCUCCUAUGAAGUCAUUCUUCGUCCUGGUCGUAACAGCACAGCCACCGUUCGUUAAGCACUUGUGUGCCAGACACUCCGCUAAGAACCUUAUGUGUCAAUCAUUAUGAUUGCCUUUCAGAUUGAUAUUACUGUGUUCUCUUCAUAGUUGAGAGACUCAGGAUACCUCUAGUCAUCAUUUUUUCACUGUAAAUGUUUUUCAUAUUCUUAAUUUGAUUAGUCUGAUUUUUUGUUUAGUGUGCUAUAUCCUGAAUAUUAUUUUACUAUUAUAGGAUGUAGGCAUGUCUUUGUUACCACGAGUAAAAUUUCUCAGAGUUCCAUGGUUUAAAAAUAUGGAAAAUUUUUAUCACACCCCUCAGACAAACUGAAUAGAUGCUCUUAGUAUUGGUUCCAGUGCUUCUCCAUUACUCCCAAUUAAUGAUCUUAAAUGCAAUCUCAUUAGCUAGAAACAGAAGCAAUUUAUUCCUUGCUGAGGGUGAGGGGCAACUACUUAUAUACAGUUGUCAGCUUCAGAACUCAUCAAAUCCCACGCUUGUUGCUUUUUGAUCAAAAAAAAAAAGUGUCCUCAUUCCUCACUUACUUGGCACUCGUCAGUUUCAGCACUCAUCAGGAGUUCUGGAAUGAAUUCACGAUGAGUACUGAGGCGCCACUGUAUACGGUUUUCUGUUAAUGAAAUAUUCUUGCUUACAGAGUCAAUUUGUCUUGCUUUUAACUCUCUUUUAGCCCUCAUUUUCUAAAGAUUUUAAAAUAUUUCUAUUUGCAUUUCUGCAUUUUGAGCGGUUCUCCUGUGAAUAGAAUCCUAGUUUUUGUAAAAUUCACAUUCCACCAGUUCCUCUGAAUCCUACGAACCAGACUUUUUGAUGAUAGUGACAAUGAACCUGAACUGGUUUAGUACUUUCAUUAUUACUGAAACAGGUCACAGAUGUCAGAACCAGAGUCAGUGGCUUUAAGGGUAGUGUUUCAUGAGUCUCACGAUGGCACAGCCCCUCACUUUUCUCUAAAUUCUUGUCACUAGGACGUAAGGAAAAUAUGUGUAAUAUUUAUAUGGCAUUACAUUCACUUAAGUUGCAACUAAUUCUAAGCAAAAUUAUACCAUUUCCGUUACUUAGCUCCUUGAAUUGAUUUUCUCUGGUCAAGGAAAUUUUAAUCACUUUCCACUAGCCUUGUAUUUAUUCUUCUACUGUCAUCUGAAGUAUUUUGACUUUCCCCUCCACAACCUAAGAGCUUCCUUUAACUCCAAAGGCAGUGCUUAUUAAAAGGUGGUUGGAAUCUGCCACCCAUUGCUAAGCUAGUUUUUUAGGCAUUAACAUUUUCACAUCCAUAUUUACUUUUUUGAAAUAAAAUAACUUACACUUCUUGCUGGUGUUACCUAAAUAGGUGCCCCUCCAUCCCUGUUCUCACAGUUGUGUGUUUUGCUUUUUGUCAGGAGUGAGACGGGUGGGUGGUACGAUUUAGGGGAAGGAACAUCAGACUUCAUGCACAGCAGACUUGGGUUCUAGUCCUGGUUUUGCCAUUAACUAGCUCUGGUUCUCCAGGCAAGUCACUUGUCCACUCUGCUUCAUUUUUCAUCUAUAAAACAGGGUGGCUAGACAAGACGAUCUGAAGUUCUUUUUUUUUUCCCAACAUUUCAAAAAUUGUUACUCUAUUACAGUUAUCCCAAUUUCCCCCCUUUGCCCUCCUCUGCCCAUCUUACCCCCCACUGUCAGUCAAUUCCUACCCUGUUGUCCAUGUCCAUGGGUCAUUCAUACAUGGUAUUUGACUAGUCCUUUCCCCUUCUUUACACAUUAUCCCCUCCCACCUCCCCUCUGGUCAUUGUCAGUCUAUUCCAUGUUUCCAUGCAUGUGGUUCUAUAUUGUUCGUUUAUUUUGUUUAUUAGAUUUCUCUAAUAGGUGAGAUCAUAUGGUAUUUGUCUUUCACUGACUGGCUGAUUUCACUUAGCAUGAUACUCUCCAGUUCCAUCCAUGCUGUCACAAGGGGUAGGAAUUCCUUCUUCUUUCUGCUGCAUAGUAUUCCAUUGCAUAAAUGUACCAGUUUCUUGAUUCACUCAUUUACUGAUGGGCACUUAGGCUGUUUCUAGCGGAGGUUAAUUCUAAAGGGAGACCCAUUGACCUAUGGCACUAAAAGCAGGAGAGAAGCUAGAAAAGGGAUAUGGUUUCAGGAAGAUUUUAGUCUUUGGUUUAGAAGACCAGGCUGUCCAAGAGCCACGGUCAUCUUCUACUUUACCCAUGACCCCUGACAUUCCCUGAUGGGAAGGGCAUCUCCAAUAGCGAUUGUUAUACAUGCAUUUCAGACAUGAGAUUUUAAAAGGAACUUUAGAGGUCCCUUGAAAGUGAGUCCCAGAGCAGUAGUAACAUGUACUGUUGCUACACCAGCAGUAGUGACAGCUGCCAUGAAAUGCUCAUGGACAGCUCUUCCCACAAACUGUGUAUUUUGAUAGAAUCAACUCUGUAUAAUUCGCUGGCUGCAACUAAUCAUACCCAGUCUUUGUAACUGCUUCUGAUAUUCAUUUGUGAUUGAUUUGCUCGUAUUUAGGAAUAAAUAUGACUUUGCCAGAAGCAGUACCAAGUCUUCACUACAUCUAUUUUAGCUUCUGUAUUUAAUACUUCAAAACUUUAGAUGUCUUUUACACAAUUUGCUUAAUUUUAUACAAUUUCCGUAAGCACAGCAUCCAAGCAGUUCACGUGAUGGUUACAAUCCAGAUUAUUUAAGGUAAAUUGCCUAUUAGAUCUACCUCAUUAAGGACCUUGGUUGUAAUUCUUGGGCAGUGUCCAGACUCCCUUCUAGAAACAGUGCUGUUUCUCUUUGCUGUCUUUAAACUAAACUUCUUCUCAAGUUAAUUCAGAACUGGUAUCUAAUUUCUCUUUUUGCUGUGUGACGUCACUUCAGUUGGGAUCAAGAAUUGAGGUAAAAGUAGCAGUGGAUGUUUCAAAUUCUCCCCAGUCUUUUCAGCUAGGCCAGCUUCAGAGUCCUGCUACAGGGCCGUAUGCUCUCUCAGACUGGUGAGGAUUUCUUUGGUGUUACAAAUCAUAUUUGUUGAAAAAUGAGGACUUAAAAAAUAUUGUAAUAGACUUCCUUUGUAGUGUUAUCCAAGUGCUUCCUUUGCUCUAAUAUUAUUUCUCAGGACUUUUAUUGGAAGGACAGGAGAAACACAUCUGUUGACUAUUUUGUUUCUCUGGAAGUCUGAGCAAUAAGGAGAUCCUUUUAUUUGUAAAAUCAAAUUAUUACUCAUACUAUAAGGGCUUUCUACUUUUAAAAUUCAAUCAUUGCUUGCCAUUUUUUAAAAAGACCAAAGUUGAAACACAGUUAUGAAUCACAGGAUGUUUAUAGCCACGCAUGUAUGACUCAGGCAAGCCUGAAGACAGGUCUGCAUCUGAGCCUCUUCUUUGUAGGCCAUUCAGCCACUCGCACACCCUCCGGCGGCCUGCCCCACUCCUCCACGCUGCCCCACUGCACUGCGGGCUCGCCCUGAUGCGUUCCUAAGCAGCCCCUCCCGCAGAGCACUUGCCAGAGUCUGGCCUGUUAUGACUACCGGUGCUGAAGGCUCUGCCUUUUAUUAGCUUCAUGUAAGUCUUUCUCUGCAAGGAUCCCAAAUACUUUGCUCUCUGGUAUUUCUAUUAUUAUGUUGUGUUUGACAUUUUUACCAUACGAUUCUUCUUUAGUUGACGCCAUGAAGUGUAUGCCUUGUGUCCUUCAUUGUUUCUGCUAUGAGAGAUGGACUGCAGUGUUGAAGGGCAGCUUUUCUGUAUGAUCCACAAUAGACACUCCCUUCUUGCUUUAUAAAACCAAAGGCUGCCUGUAUUGCAUCAUUUUUGGGGUUACUAAGACUGUUAAGUUGUUCUAAAGCUACAGAUUAAUAAUUUUGAUGAACAGGUCUUGUAAUUCUCACUGAUAAAUACUGUUAAAUCGUUGAGCAAAAUACGUAAGGCAUGUCAGAGAGGGGGGCACUCUCCCUUACGCCAGGCCGUGGGUAUAUGCGUUACACAUGCUAAUAUAUAACCCACCAGAAGGACCGGAAGGACUGCUGCAGGUACACUGGUUAUCCUAGUAUCGUGAUCAUCACUGUUGUCUUUGCAAUGGUAGCAAAUGGUUCCCCGUGCCAUGUGUGCAUCAUUUGUCACUGUAUGUUAAAGAUAAAACUAUUCCAGGUCGAUUAAGAAGAAAGGCAGGUGCUUUAAUUGCCUUUGAUGUUUUAAAAACAAUUGACAGAAUUGUUGAGGGACUUUUGAAAAUAUUAUGGGAAAUUCAUUUAAUCUUCUAGGUAUGUAAUGACAUUUUGAAAGCGGUGUCUGUGGUAUCUGUAAUCAUCUUGCCCUCAUUCUGCAUGUUUCGUAUGUCUGAUGCUGGGAAUAAUGCAAACAAAAAAACAUUUCAGAUAAUCUCCACGCACCAGGAGCUGGUGGAUAGGCAUUGAAUGCAGUUACAUUGCUAAAUGUAACCUGAUCUGUUUUUCCAAGCGUAUCAUCUUUAAUAAAAUAAAAAUAAAGUAAAA